GAUUUCACAUGAUUUCAGGACUGAUUUCAUGUGAUUUAAUUUUGAUUUUAUCAAUAAAUAGCCGAGAGGCCAUAAUAUCCUCUUAAAAUAUUCAUUGUGAGUCUGAGAUAUUAACGGUCCCCACCACUCGACGAAGAGACAACUGCCGGAGGAGGUACUCUCGAACCGGCGCUGCUGGCACACGAUCAGUCGUGCUCCAGGAUGCGAGGGCCGAGGAAUCCUGUGAGAUCAAUCCUAAAAAUAAAAACGCAAUAAACCCUGUGACAAAUAAACCAUCGACAAUUAAAAAAAAAUAAUUACACCUCAUUCUCGGAGGAAUGACCCCGGGCUAGACACAGAGACAAAUCGUGGAGCCAAAGGAGGCGGGAAGAAUGAGAAUUUGCCGGUGUUUUACACGGAUGUAUGGAGAAAAUCAGUCCCCCGGAAGUGUGUGAAUAUCCAUCGUUCUGAAAUUGAGGAUAAAAUGGCGGAUCGGGUUGAGAAAAUGGCGGCGAGUCCGUCGAGUGCGUCAAAUACGACUUUCUGUCCGAAAAUUAUUACCAAAGAACCGAAAAUAUCGGAAGUAGGGGAAAAAAUGGAGAUGCAAGAGAAAUUGAUGAAGAGAAUUGAGGCGAAUUCAGACGAGAGUAAGGAAACGCAAAAUGACUUUAAAUUGCUGUCGGUGGAAUUUGGCCAGCCUCUGUCAACCGGACAAAUAUACCGAAGGAGAUUGAGGAAAGUGAAAUGGGAUAAACCGAAAUGGAGGAAAUCAUCGGACAUCAAAUUUCUUCAGGACCCACGACGAUUCAGGCAGUUGAAGAGAGAGUGCCUGGAGGAGCUCCUGCAGAAGAUACCUGUCUUCGAUGGAGAUGAGGUCAGGAAGGUGAUCUUGGGGAGAACUGAGCCAUUGGAUAAAAUCGAAGUGGUUGAGACGAAGACCGGGGAAAAUGAUGUCAACCUGGGGGACUGCCUCCCGGAGGAUACCAUAGGCGAGAACAUUGUAUCCAGCUCGGACUCUAAUCACUCUAUCGAUCAAUGCGACAGAUGUAACUCCGACGUGGACGAGGGAAUCGCCUCAUCCCAGUCAGUCUCCUCAUCUCCAGUUCACGUUCAAGACACGACUGUUAAAUCAUCGAAGACAGUUCCAGAGCUCCUGGACGAAAAAAUAGGAUUACAGGCGCAAAAGUUCAGUCGAAAAUCGAUAAAAUUAACGCGUCGGCCCCUCCGGCCCUCGACAGACCCAUCGGAUAUCGAGACUUGCCCCUCAGGAUUGUCCUCACCCUCCUCCGGUGAUCAAUCUCCCAAAGAUAGCGAGAUCUCUUUCUGGAAGCUCGAUUUGAACAACAGUUUCAUUGGGGAUCGUAAUUUAAAAAGUAUUCAUUCAGACAGUAUAUCCUCGUCGUCAGACACACAGGAGGACCCCGCGAAAUCCGCGAAAAACUCAGUGACCUCUGAAGAGACCCCUCAAAGCACCUCACCGACCUCAAAUUCCCUCACCUCGACCACUCCUCCUAAAAUGGCCACUCUCGAUGAAUCAGCAUCCACGAAAGAGCUCCUGGAUAUUCUGGACAGUCCUGAACGCCCCGCGUCCUCGGACACCCCCUCAGACCCUCCAAAAAUCCAUAAAAAUUCCAAUGACCUGUCUCAAAAUCCCACCGAGUCUCGAAAAAAUUCCAAAAAGUCUCACAAAUCGUCGAAAGAUCGGUCAAACAAAUCAGAAAAGAAACGUCACCACUCGGAGGACCGCAAGUCUCCCAAUUCCGACGUCUCGAGAAAAAAGAUCAAGAGAUCGGAUGCCUCGUCGUCAUCGUCGUCUUCGAGACCACGGGAUCGCUCUUGCUCGGGUGAGGACAGCUCAAAACGUUCGAAAAAAUCGACGAGAUCUCACUCGAAGGAAAAAACUCGUGACUCAGAGAGCACUACAGCUUCCGAGACCUCGAAAAAACCCACGCAGAUUGGCUCCUCGAAGAAGGGAAGGGUUUCUCGCCUGAGCACCGAUCAUUCGGGCACAGAAUCCCCAACGAGAAUUCCGGAUGAUAUCGAGAAGAAGCUCAAACGUGUGAAAUCAACGGCUGUGUCGAAAAAAUCGAGAAGGGCGGCGAGAAAUCCAGAAGAUAAUUUGAAAAGAUUCUCAGAACUUUUUGGCGAGGACAAGGUGUCCUCAAGCCCUGCCAAGCCCUCCAGCGAGGAAGCCGCACCACCUGGGGGUCGAUCUGACCCAGGAGAUGGCCCUGAGCCCCACGACUCGCAAAUCUCUCACAAAGAUUUAGAAUCCUCUCAAGACGAGAGCCUCGAUCCUGAGGAGGAAUUAGAAAAAAUUCGGAUAGCCGCAGAAAAAAGAAAACCGAUUUCCUCGACGAAGCCGUCCUCUGGAGGAGGUGACUACCUGCAGAGGAAACGUUUGAAGCUCGAGAAGGACAAGCAAGAGCUCGAGAAAAAAUUGUUGUCGGAAAUUCCUCAACCUGCAGCAGCUGUAAAAUCGAAAAAUCGAGUUCCUCCGACUCCAGCGCAGGUGCAAAACGAUCUUCCAGAUCCUGAGGAGUUGAAUGCCAAUGUUACGAUUGACGAGGAGAUCUUCCACGACCUGGAGAACGAGCCAGUGCCUCUGAUUGCGGUAAUCGAGAAAGCUUUUGAAGAGCAACCGAAACCAAAGGGAAUUCCUCUGAUCGGAGAAAACCUGUCGCAGGGCAGUGAACCCAUGGAUAUGGAUGAGUCCGAGGAGAUGUCGGAUAUCAGAUCACCUCACAGCGUGGAGACGGUUAUUUUCAAUGAUGACCGCAGUCCAGGACCACUAGAGAUCGAUGAGCAUCAACAACCGAUAAAUGUUGGGGAACAGCCCGGGGUUGUGACGAUUUCUUACAGACUGGGGGACACUGAUGUCAAGAAGCUGGUGGACUCAUUGGGCGUUGAUGGUCCUCCGGGUACGGCUCCUCAAGUACGCUGCAGAACCCCUUCGAUCCUGGAGAAAUUCCUGGAGAAGAGCGUAAAUUCGGACGAGGCGGUGAGAAGGCUCGACGAAAUUUGUGCCCUAUCCCAGGAGGCAGUGCCACAGGCCUCUGAAAGUAGGGAUGCCCUAGGGCUGACUACCGAGCAGAUCAAAGAGAUCUCGAAGAAGAUGUUGCCACAGUUUUCCGUCGAUUCACCCACUCCCAGGAUUAUUCCCAAAAUUGUUCCCCCGCUGAUCGGAGAGCAGGUAUCCACUCUAAACUCGUCACAUCUCGCCCUCGAGGAGAAGCUUCAACGCGACGAGCAGAAUCUCGAGACAAUGGCCAUGAUAACGAGGGUGAUAACGUUCAACAGAAAGGCACUGGAUAUGGAUCCUAGUAAUUUGGGAAAGGCUGGUCAAUUGGAGCAAGUUUGUGAACAUGCUAAGGCCGUUUUUCAGAAACUCAGGACGACCAUGAAGGGCCCCGAUGAGGAGAUUGUCAGGCUGGUGGUUGAGCAGUCCAAGCUGACAGGGGAACACUUUCUUGUUCAGCCUGAGGAGAUUAUAUGGAUACUCAAGCGGUCCAGCGUUCUCCAGGUGUGUCCCGCAGAGCCUGUCCCUGCCCCGGAACUUCCAAAAGUCGUACAGAAGAUGAGAGAACACCCGGUGAAGACGUCUCACCGAGAGCAUAGGCCAAAAAUUUCCGAUAGAGCAGGUGUGAUCCACCAGAAUCCAGAGGCAUAUCCAUCAGAACGACAGCCACCACCAUAUCCGAGUCACCUGCCACUGGGAAGUCUGCCCCACAUGUCACCAACGCAUCCCCAAUCCCAGAAUUUCCAAAAAAUUCCUUCUCACCCUGAUCUUCCAUCCGGUACUUCUCUCUCCUACCACAUGCCCCACUACAUUUCCCAGAGCUCGACUGUUGAAAUUCCUCAACCACCGAGGCCUUGUCCACCCCAACAGUCACUAACAAAGUCCUCAAAAUCAAAACCCCCAAAAUCCUCCCAACAGCCUCCCCUUCUCCAACAGCCACCCCUUCCCCAACAGCCACCCCUUCUCCAACGGCCUCCCCUUCCCCAACAGCCCGCCCCUCCACAACCUCCGAUCCCUCCUCCUCCCAACGAGCAUUCCAGUCCCUCGCAAAUUCAGUCCCUCACCAUCGAGAACAAUCAACAGACGCAUCUUCAGGGUUAUUCACCGUCACUUCCUCAGGGCCUGAUUCAUUUAUAUCCUCAGCAUCCGUUUUUUGGACAGCCUCAAGGCUUUCAACAGCACCAUCAGAAUCUCCACAAUCUACCUCUUCAGCCUACAGCUUGUGGAGUACUACAUCCAGGAUCAGGAUUAUUCCCUCCAGGGCCAGGAAUUCUCCCUCCCGAUUACCCACUGUGUGCUGCUGGUCAAUGCAAACACCCAAAUUGCAACAGGCGACAAAUUAUAUUGCAGAAAUCAAAUGCCCUAGGAAUUUCCCAAACGCGAGAUCCAAGGUCACGAGGAUAUCCUGCAAAUCUUCAGGGACAAGUACCUCAGCCUCAGCCUCAUGUGGAUAGGAGACCCGUUUAUCCUGGACAACAACCCCUUCCUCAGAAUAGAAAUAUUCCUCAGGGAAAUCAGCCAAAUAACAUUCAGGGAGAGAAACAUAUGGUGAAUAAUUUUAUCAACCCACAAAUAGGUCGACAGCUAUUUGAAGUCCUCCAUGGACAGCAGAGUCAGAAUCAAUUCUUCCAGCCGAUGCAGUCACAAAAUUCGAAUAAUCAAUUUCGGCAGAUGCAGGGACAGAGUCACAGUGGGGUGUUUCCGCAGCUGCAAGGACAGAAUCAGCAAUUUCAACAGGUGCUGGGGCAGAAUAAAAAUCAACCGACCCAACCAAUGCAGCCUGAGAGUCUGAAUGAGCAUCUCCAGAAGAUGCAGGCUCAAUGUCAGAAAUUCCACCAUGUGCCGUUUCAGCCGCAGUUGCACUCGCAGAAUUCACAGAAGAUUCAGCAGUCUCGCACUCCUAAUCAGACACAGCCACAGGCCGCAAAUCAUCUGCUCGAUUCAUUUUACCAGCAGAAUUUGGCCCAGAUAUUUCCUCAGUCUCAAUGCCAACAGCAAAAUUUUGCGUCCAAUAAUUCACAAAUCCCUCAGGGCUACAACCAUAUACCUCAGAGUUCUACAACUCAGACUCCAGCCUCCACCAAGACGAAUCCAUCUGUGAGAAUUCCAAUUUCCAGUAGUGGAAGUCCAAAACCUUCUAGAAAUCAAAGUGGAGUUAUUGGAAUAAAUUCAGGGAUGCAAUCCCAGGGAGUUCUAACAUCAUCGGCAGUCGGCAAUUCUUCUGGAAUACCAGGGACUGGACUCUCAGGGUUACCUUCAUCUCUUCAGCCUGGAACUCCAGGAUCAGGACAACAAAUUGACGUUCCAAGGUCGUCUCUGUCCAUGAGUCGAGGAAUUUUAAUUUCCACUGGACAGCAAACGAUACAAAAUUCUCAGGGAAAUCCUCUCAGUGAAAUUAAUUAUCAGGGAAUUCCGCCAGCUCCUGGACAUCAGGCACCAACGACUCGAAUUCUGGGGUCAGGGAUGCAUACCUCUGGAAUGACACCUGGAAUAAAUCGACAAGAAAUUUCAGUGCCUUUUGGAAUUCCAAAAUCAAUUCCUCCAGGAAUCAGAAAUCCAUCUGUGGCCCAAGGCGUUCCAGUGCUUCCUGAAAAUAAAAUUGGAGUUCCAACAACCCCAGCAGCGGCUGGAAUGACUGGAGGGAAUAGACCUUCACUUUCAGACACGCAGAGUGCCCUUGCAGCCAUAGAAAAGAUAAGAGUGAAUGCUAUUAACGAGUUCAAGGCGAACACUCAGGUCUCGUCGAACUCUGGAAUUCUCCAGAAUCCUCAAAGUCAGUCCAGGCGUGUGGAGUCACCGAGGGAAGGAGCAACAGCUCCUCAAGUCAUCGAUACCGUCCAGCCAUCCCCCCCACUGAUGCCGACUCCUCCAACCAUUUUUGAAUAUCCGAGGAUUUCUCCAGUUGCUCCUGGAAUUCCUUCUCCAGCACACGUGAAGGCCUUUGAGGAGUCAAGGAAAAUUUCGGAUAGAUCUCAUGAAAAUACACACAUCCCAGCAGUCGAUCAGUUAAAAACUCCCGACAUUCUUUCGGACAUUGCGAGUUCUCCUCUUGAUUUGUCCACUAAAUCAUCCUCAGAGGUUUCAAAAUUAAGGAAACCUGUAAUUGUUAGUGUAAUUGAUAUUUGUCGAAAAGAAUUAAUACCCAGAACUUCUCCAGAAUUGGAGAUUCCGGACAGAAAUGCUCCAGAGAGAUCUACAUCACGUUUGAUAUCGGAACCCCAAGCUCCAAGACUUCCUGAAACCCAUGGAAAAAUUGAGCUGAUCUCCCUGGACACCACUGAUGACGAGGAUUAUUUUGAAACAGUUGAAGAGAAAUAUAAAACACGUGAAGAAAUUCUAAAAGAACUCCAGGAGACUGAGAAAAUUGAGGAGCUGAGCAAAGUUAAUGGAGAGGACCUGGUGAAAGUGGAGGAAAGUACUGACGAUGAUCUGGAGAUUAUUGAUGAUGAGGUGGAGUGUAAUGGGAUGACCGAGAUGGGAAUUCAUGUGAAGGCGUCGAGUGCUCAGGCAUUUGAGGGGAUUUCACUCAGGAUCGAGGGGGUGCAGUCAAUUCCUAUGGACGAGUGGAUGGAUAAGUUCGAAUAGGUGAAGGUGGAGACUGCCGAAAUCGAUGUGCACGAGGAAAAGCCACUGCCCCGGUCAAGGGGGGGGAGGGCGGAGGGUUCCGCGGAGGAAUGACAGGAAUUUAGUCACGGGGAAUUCCACUCGAAUUCCGCUGGAGAAGAAUUCAUCGUCAGGAUGAAUUAUUAUUAGUCAUUAUUGUUUUUUUGAAGUAUUAUUUUUUUUUUGUUCCGAGAAAUGAGUUUAUAUGUUCUGUGUUAAUUCGGUUAGUGAAAUUCCAUUGAAUUUCACAGGAUCUUUUCAUUACCGUUUAUUACGUUUUAGUGAGCCUUAUUUCUUAAUUAAAUACGUACCAAGGAAAACGAAAUCAAAUGAAGAAAUAACUUUGAAUUUCUUUUUAUAUGAUUAAAUAAACGUAAGGAUUUGUUUGUUUUA